GCGGCUCUCACUCCCUCCUCCUCCUCCUAUUCCAAUCCAGCGCCUUGCCCGGACGCCUGCCCCUUUCUUCUCUUCCCGCUUGAGAUGUGAUUUUUCAGCUAAAUGGAACUUUCCUGAGUCUUUGCGCCUCUUGUGAUUGAUUAACGCCAUCUCGAUGUCCUUCCCUUACUCCCAGGAUGCUCGCCGCCGGCGGGUGGGAGCCGGAACGGGUUUCAGCUCUUCGGGGAGACGGACUGUCCUGGGAUAUUGGGUGCCACUCGCCCUGACAGUAGGCAUCGCGACCGUUGGUAUAGCCGCCUGGAUCUGGAGCGAACGCAGCGAAGACGAUGAUGACGAAAAUGACCGCGAUCGCCAUCGUGACGAUGAGCCGUUCCCCGCCCCCGGUCCUGGCGGGGAGGGUUAUCCUGCCAGUGGUGACUUCGAAGGAGCGUAUGCUCGUUCGACGGCGACUGAUAUCCCCGGUGGCCACCCCGAAGACGCCAGCAUGAUGGCACGCAUGCAGGGAGCCUUGCGCCGCACCCCCAGCCCCCAACAGAUCAUUGACGGAGCCAGUAAGCGAGUCGCCGCGGGUAUGGCUGCGGCCGGAGCUUUCGUCGGCGGAGCUCUCACAUCUAUUCGGGAGGAAGAUAGAGGGGACUUCGAAGACCACUCGCGCUGGUCGGAGGAAGUGGAAUCCAGAGCCAACCAGAGGGAACAGCCGGCUCCUGCUGUGCCCACUACCCGUGAGACUGUCCCUGGACCUGCUCUUACCGACAAGAAAAGGAAGACUAUCGCGAUCGUGGUAUCCUCCGAAACUCCUCGGCUAGAUCCUGAGGAGAUUAUGUCGCAACAUGCGUCAAUCCUUUCCCACCUUCCAGAACAUGUCAAUCUCGAUACCACCCGAGUCUUCGUUAUGAUCUACGCGCCAGGCCUGAAGCAUGCUCCUAACCAAGGCGGCUCCUCUCCACCCACAUUGUCGGUCACCUCUUCGUACUCCAAUAUUGCACCCGAAGAAGCGACAUCGCCGGGUGAGCUACCUGGCCGCGAAUUGUCAGGAGAGUCUCGUGCGACGGAUGAGCAAGACGGUGCCACUCCAUUGUUCCGCACCCUUUACACGCAAGCCCAAGCUCUUGUCGAAAAGCCGAACACAAUAAUGCCCUUCAGCACUGCCACUGGGUAUGUGCACCUUGUGCGCCACAUUUCCCCCGAUACUGUCUAUGUCCAAGAAUCUUUGGCUGGGAAGGACGGGGAGGCAGUCCAUCAUAUCUCCGGCUGGGUCAGACAGGUGGUCGUUGUGGUCGGGGAUGAAGGUGGCCGUGGCGGUUUGAUUGACAGCGACGAUGAAUCAGCUUUGGCGGACAAAGGCGAGAAAUGGUGGCAGAAGGAGGGCACCACCGGCAUCGGUAAGCGCAUUGAUGUGGUCGAUGCGCUGCGGGUCGGCGACGACUGGAGACGACGUGUGUCUGGGUUUGAUUGAGGAGAGAUCGGAUUCUACCAGUGUCACUCACUGGAUUCAGCGAAGCGUGUGAUGCUUCGCAUGUCUAUAGCUGCACCUGCAAUAUCCCCCUGCAUGACGAUUCUUUGCUUUUUCGUUCGAUUCCCC